CAUUAGGCAAGUUUACUCCCCACUGUCUCUCUCAUUGGCUACAUAAAAGGUCCCUCCAAUUGAUAGAAAUGUCGGUUCUACUUUCCCUCCCUUUUCAAAACCCUCCAAUUAUCAAAUCCACUUCAAUUUCCCUCCAUUCUUCAAAUCCAUAACUACCAAAUUUGUCUUUCCCUUUCAUAGAUUACAACAAUCUAAGUUCAAAUCGCAUCUCAAAUCUUCAAAAAAACCUACCUUCAAAACCCAAUUUUUGAUUACUUUUCCCCCAAAAAACCCUUUUCUCUCCGUUUUUUCAACAUUUCAAAGGACACCCAUUUCGUAAAAAAGCCUAAAGAUUCAUUCUCUACCAUUAAAUUUAGUUGAUUUUCACCAAAUCUUAACUGGGUCAUCCCCAAUCAUACCCUUCAAAAACCCUAGUUUUUAACCCCAAAAUUUCAAGAAAAUCCUAUCUUUUUAUCUGUUGGUUUGACAUUUCAAUGGAAACCCAUCUCGUGGAGAACCUAAAAACUCAACCUUUACCUGUUAAUUCAGUUGAGUUUCAAAAAACCCUAGAUGGGUCGUCCCCAAAUUCGCCGAAUCAAGCUCAGCAAAGUGAUGAAAUGGAAAAAGAUGGUGACGUUUUGGCAGAAGAAGAUUCCAGAAGAGUUGAGAAUGUGAAGGAAGAGAAUUUGGAUUUGGAUUCUAAUUGGGCUGAUUCUUGGGCCAAAGUUACUGAUUCAAGCCCAUUGGACUCACAAUGGUCUGUUGAUGCUGCUGAUUAUGGGCCUUCGUCUUCUAAUUGGGCUGAUUCUUGGGCCAAAGUUACUGAUUCAAGCCCAUUGGACUCACAAUGGUCUGUUGAUGCUGCUGAUUAUGGGCCUUCGUCUUCUAAUUGGGCUGAAUGCCCUUCAGAAAUAAAGCCAUUGGACUCAAUUGGGCCCGAGUGGAAUUUUCAAAGAGAUGAGGAAACUAAGCCUGAAAUCUCUGAUUUACCCUUUGAGAAUCAGCCUUCUAAGCUGGGUGCUGGACUUGCUAACUUAGGCAACACAUGCUUUCUAAAUGCGGUUUUGCAAUCUUUCAUGCACACAGUGCCUUUGCUUCAGCACCUUACGUCGAAUGAUCAUGUAUCACCAUGUGAUAGUUACCUUAGAGGAUUCUGCGUACUUUGCGCUAUUAGGGAGCUUGUUGACCUUUCAUUGGCUUCUGGGGGUGAUGUUGUCUCGCCGUGGAAACUUGUUAACAAUUUGAACCAUUUUUCAUCCAGUUUUCAUAGGUUCCAACAAGAAGACGCUCAUGAAUUCCUCCAAUGUUUUCUGGAUAGACUUGAAAGCUGCUGUAAUGAUUCAGGGCCAAAAGACAGGGCACCAUCAGAAAGUGACAACAUUGUGAAGCAGGCCUUUGGUGGUCGCCUUGUCAGCAAACUGCGCUGUUGCAAUUGUGGUCACUGCUCCGACACUUAUGAGCCUCUAAUUGAUCUAAGUUUGGAGAUUAAGGAUGUUGACAGUUUACCCGAAGCUUUGGAGUCUUUCACAAAAGUUGAGAAAAUUGAUGAUCCAGAGAUAAAGUUUUCAUGUGAAAAAUGUAAGGAACAAGUGUCAAUCGAGAAGCAGCUUGUGCUCGAUAAAGCCCCUUCUGUCGCCGCCUUCCAUUUGAAGAGAUUUGAAAAUGAUGGUUCUUUUGUUGAGAAGGUUGACAAGCAUGUUUCAUUUCCACUGGAAUUGGACUUGCUUCCUUAUACUGAUAACAACCAAAUUAAUAAUGGAGAAAUGAAGUACGAUCUUUAUGCAGUUAUAGUGCAUAGCGGGUUUUCAUCCUGUUCAGGGCAUUAUUACAGCUUCAUUCGUUCUGCACCAGAUGAAUGGUACAAAUUUGAUGACUCAGAGGUAUUUCGGGUUCAAGAAGAUCUUGUUUUGGAAGAGGAGGCAUAUAUUAUGUUCUAUGCAAAGAGAGGCACUCCGUGGUUUUCAGAUUUUGUCGAAAUGAAAAAGUCCUUCAUAGAUCCGUCCAUAUUUAAUACUUCUCCCAAGUCAGUUCUAGAUAAUGUGGAUGCUAUCUCCAUAGCUUCUCCGCGCAUGCCAAAUGAUCUUGCUUGCAAUGUCAGUGAAUCCAAUAAUGCUGCAGAUGAAGCAUCUCCUAAACCUGACCUCGAAAAGAUUGAGGAUAGUGAAUCAAAGUAUACUGAGCAGACGUCUACUCCAGGACUAUCUGGUGCGAUGAAAUCUCUGUAUUCUCAUGUAGAUGAAGUGUUUUUACCUUCAACGCAUGAAGAAAACUGUACUCGGGACAUAGGUGUGACCAAAAGAAGUGUAACUCUUACUCCCAAGACACUGUCUAGAUCGCCAAGUCCAGAGAUAUACCGAGAUGAUCCCCCAGAAAACACUUACGCCAUUCCUCGUGGCCAUCUAGCAUUAGCAGAUCCGGUUUCUUUCAAAAACCAAUCUCAGAAGGAUCACGAGCAGGACUUGGAAAGAAAACAGGCGUGUUCUCUGAUUAAGAAGCGAAUUCCAGGGUCAAGAGGUCAACAAUUAAUGGCUGCUAUGCGUGGCUCGCGUAGUGAAGGUUCCGUGAACAAGAAAAGGAGAAAAUUGGAAGUAGUUUCUCCAAGUAGAGACGAUACAGGUUCAGCUGGUCGCCGUAGGUCCAGCUUUGGCUCUAUGUUACAUCCUGUAACGGCGGGCAGUUCGAGAUGACUAGGUUUUGAUUUUGCAAACACUUGUUGUUUGUACCUCUCUUUUGUUGUAACUGGAAAAUCUGAACUGAAAGAAUAGUCUUUUUGAUUUAGAACUACAGGGGUAGUGUAUCUUAAACUGGCUAGGGUAAAACAGGCAGCUCGGUGCACUAAGCCUCUGCUAUGAGCGGAGUCCGGAGAAGAGCCGGACUACACGUGUCUAUUGAACUGGCUAAGGUAGUUUUCGGAUAUUCAGCUGUUUAGUUUGUUAUUUAACAAUGUAUAGUAGAGACUACAGAGUGAGAAUUCAUGUUAUUUUCUGAGAGUUCAGAAGAUAACAUACAUAUAAUGAAGGAUUAGGAUUUUGUUUA